CGCCGCGCCGCCGGCCCCGGCUGUGCCUGUGAUGAGCCGCAGCCCGCCGCGAGCCCUGCCCCCGGGCGCGCCCCCCCGGUUGCUCCCGGCUGCGCCUGCCGCCGCGCCGCGCGCCCUGCUCCCGCCGUGGCCCAGGCGCCCGGGCCGUCGCUGGCCCGCGUCCCCGCUCGGAAUGAAGGUGUUUCGCAGGAAGGCGCUGGUGCUGUGCGCGGGCUAUGCGCUGCUGCUGGUGCUCACCAUGCUCAACCUCCUGGACUACAAGUGGCACAAGGAGCCGCUGCAGCAAUGCAGCCCCGACGGGCCGCUGGGUGCCGCGGCGGGGGCGGCUGGGGGCGGCUGGGCGCGCCCGGGGCCGCCUCCGGCUGUGCCGCCCCGCGCACACACCCGCUUGGACACUCGUACUCCGUACCGCCUUCCUGCCGCCGCAGGCGUCGGGGUGGCCCCAGCCGCCGCCGCAGCAGCAGGGGCAGCGGGGGCCGUGGCCCCUCCUCGCAAUGGCACUCGGGGCACCGGGGGUAGCGGAGAAAAGAGGCAGUUGGUGUAUGUGUUCACCACGUGGCGCUCGGGCUCAUCUUUCUUCGGUGAGCUCUUCAACCAGAACCCCGAGGUGUUCUUUCUCUACGAGCCAGUGUGGCAUGUGUGGCAAAAACUGUACCCAGGGGACGCUGUUUCUCUGCAAGGGGCUGCGCGGGACAUGCUGAGCGCUCUCUAUCGCUGCGACCUCUCGGUCUUCCAGCUGUACAGCCCCGCGGGUAGCGGGGGGCGCAACCUCACCACGCUGGGCAUUUUCGGGGCAGCCACCAACAAGGUGGUGUGCUCCUCGCCGCUGUGCCCCGCCUACCGCAAGGAGGUCGUGGGGCUGGUGGAUGACCGCGUGUGCAAGAAGUGCCCGCCGCAGCGCCUGGCACGCUUUGAGGAGGAGUGCCGCAAGUACCACACGCUGGUCAUCAAGGGCGUGCGUGUCUUCGACGUGGCCGUGUUGGCGCCCCUGCUGCGCGAUCCCGCCCUGGACCUCAAGGUCAUCCACCUAGUGCGCGAUCCUCGUGCUGUGGCCAGCUCACGCAUCCGCUCGCGCCACGGGCUUAUCCGAGAGAGCCUUCAGGUGGUGCGCAGCCGGGACCCACGAGCCCACCGCAUGCCCUUCCUGGAGGCCGCUGGCCACAAGCUGGGCGUCAAGAAGGAGGGCGUGGGCGGCCCGGCGGACUACCACGCGCUUGGCGCUAUGGAGGUCAUCUGCAACAGCAUGGCCAAGACACUCCAGACGGCCCUGCAGCCCCCUGACUGGCUGCAAGGCCACUACCUGGUCGUGCGGUACGAGGACCUGGUGGGAGACCCCGUCAAGACCCUACGGAGGGUGUACGACUUUGUGGGGCUGCUGGUGAGCCCCGAAAUGGAACAGUUUGCCCUCAACAUGACCAGCGGCUCAGGCUCCUCCUCUAAGCCUUUCGUAGUGUCCGCGCGGAAUGCCACGCAGGCCGCCAACGCCUGGCGGACGGCCCUCACCUUCCAGCAGAUCAAACAGGUGGAGGAGUUUUGCUACCAGCCCAUGGCCGUGCUGGGCUAUGAGCGGGUCAAUAGCCCCGAGGAGGUCAAAGACCUCAGUAAGACCCUGCUCCGGAAGCCCCGGCUCUGAGAGCGUUUCCUGGGAGAGCCGACUCCCGGUGGAGACGCCCACAGGAGGACUGUGGUGUAUUUAAACAAAAACAGCCCAGACCCAAACUGAGGAAGCCCACAUAUUCUAUUAUAGAUAUAUAAUAUAAAUAACCACACAGGCACUUGCUGUCAAUGUUUUGAGUCAUUGAAUUUCAAGGAACAGCCACAAUAUACACACAUCUCAGCAAAGGCAAGACUUGAAAGUUCUGACCAGCUCCCCCACCCCCUCUCCCCUGCCUCUUCUCCUUUCCUUUUUCUCCCCUUUCC